UGAAAGUCCAAAAACCUAGACCCCCGCGGUCCACGUACGCCACCGUCUUCCCUUCCCCUAUCUCUUCUUCUCAAGUUCUGAAGCUCCUCCUCCCAUGGCCAUGGCUGCCACCACUCUCAAUCUCCCUUCUCUCUCCUCUUCCUCUUCCUCUCUUUCUAACCCAUCUCCCUUCCCAUCUCAAUCCCCUCUCUCUCUCUCUAUCAAAACCCUAAACCCAAAAUCCCAUUCCCUCUCCCUCCCCCAUCUCCGCAAGCCCCCUCUUCUCGCCUCGGUCAAAAACCCCAUCUCCGACGUCUUCUCCGCCGAUGACGACGACGAAAAGCCACGCGAGGAGUGCGGCGUGGUCGGAAUCUACGGCGACCCGGAAGCCUCUCGCCUCUGCUAUUUGGCUCUCCAUGCCCUCCAGCACCGCGGCCAAGAAGGCGCCGGAAUCGUCUCCGUCAACGAUAACGUCCUCCAAUCCGUCACCGGCGUCGGCCUCGUCUCCGAAGUCUUCAAUCAAACCAAACUCGAUCAGCUCCCCGGCGAUUCUGCUAUUGGCCAUGUCCGCUACUCCACCGCCGGUUCCUCCAUGCUUAAGAAUGUCCAGCCCUUUGUUGCGGGCUACCGAUUCGGCUCCGUUGGGGUUGCCCACAAUGGUAAUUUGGUUAAUUAUCGUUCCCUUAGGAAUAAGCUUGAGGACACUGGUUCCAUUUUCAAUACUAGUUCUGAUACUGAGGUUGUUCUUCACCUUAUUGCGAUUUCUAAGCAUAGGCCUUUCUUGUUGAGGAUUGUGGAUGCCUGUGAACAGCUUGAGGGGGCUUAUUCCAUGGUUUUUAUUACUGAAGAUAAGUUGGUUGCUGUUCGUGAUCCUUUUGGGUUUAGGCCUUUGGUUAUGGGUAGGAGGAGUAAUGGGGCUGUUGUUUUUGCUUCUGAAACUUGUGCUCUUGAUUUGAUUGAGGCCACAUACGAGAGAGAGGUGUUUCCUGGUGAAGUUUUGGUGGUUGACAAGAAUGGGAUUCAAUCCCUCUGUUUAAUGGCCCACCCUCAGCCAAAAUCUUGCAUAUUUGAACACAUUUACUUUGCUCUCCCAAACUCUGUAGUCUUCGGGCGAUCGGUGUACGAAUCCCGCCGAGCAUUCGGGGAGAUACUAGCCACCGAAGCCCCUGUCGACUGUGAUGUUGUGAUUGCUGUUCCCGACUCUGGAGUAGUGGCUGCUCUUGGCUAUGCAGCCAAGGCUGGUGUGGCCUUCCAACAGGGGCUCAUAAGGUCUCACUACGUAGGCAGGACAUUCAUAGAGCCAUCGCAGAAGAUUCGUGACUUCGGCGUGAAGCUGAAGCUGUCGCCGGUUCGAGCAGUGUUGGAAGGGAAGAGAGUAGUGGUGGUGGAUGACUCCAUAGUAAGAGGCACCACAUCUUCAAAGAUUGUGAGGCUGAUCAAGGAAGCAGGGGCAAAAGAAGUGCAUAUGAGGAUAGCCAGCCCUCCAAUCAUAGGGUCAUGCUACUAUGGAGUGGACACACCAAGCUCAGAAGAACUGAUCUCCAACAGGCUGAGUGUGGAGGAAAUAAGAGAGUUCAUAGGGUCUGAUUCACUUGCUUUUCUGCCAUUUGAUAGCUUGCAGAAGCUUUUGGGUAGUGAAUCUCCAAACUAUUGCUAUGCUUGCUUUUCAGGGAAUUACCCAGUUGAGCCCAGAGAGAUAAAAGUGAAAAGGGUGGGAGAUUUUGUUGAUGAUGGCUUGAAUGGGAGCUUGGAAUCCAUUGAUGGAGGAUGGGUUAAAGCCAGCAGAAACCAAAAUCUUGACAAUCAUCUCACAGUGGAGAAACUUGUUGGGGGCCUCUGAUGAAUCCUUUAAUAUCUCAAAUUUUAAUUAACCUUGCUAUUUUGCCUCUGUUUUCUCUUAUAUCCUUCAUAGUUUUUAGAAUUACGAUACGGGUGGUUUCUGAUGGGAAAAAGCAAAUGCAUCAUUUAGAUUAAUAAGUUUUAUGUAAUGAUUAUUGGGCUGCAUAAGAGAAUACUCUUCUGCUAAGUUUUUUAUUAUCUGUUACUCGGAAUGGAAUGUUGUAUGGUCUAACGGUUGUUCUCUAGAAUAAGAGUUCUGGGGUUCUGGGGUUAGGGUCCGCUCCGACCAGGACACCUAUAGUUAUUAAGAAAUAAUAAUAGUAACAAUAAAAGUGGAGACAAGUUACUGAA